AUGUGUAUGCUGAAGUUCUGGAGCAUCUGUGCGGUUCUGCUCUUCUUGGACCACUCCGUCUCACUGCAAUGCAAAUGGACGCAGUAUAAACUGGGGAAACUAAAUGCAGAGUGCAUUCAGCUUCUGACCGACAUGGGCGGAAGUUUUCCAGCCGAGUGCCUGAAAGAAAACGUCAAACUCAUGUUUCCAGAGGGUGCCUACGACACCACCAGCGAGCCUCAGAAUUCUGAUGCUGCAUCAGUAGCACAUGAUGCUCUGAGAGACGUGGAAGAGAUCUUCCACAAUGACCUGUCUUCCACAUCUUGGGAUGCUGAAAAGCUUGAGCUCUUGAAAAAUCUGCUGUCCCGUCAAACUGAAAACUUGGAGCAAUGCCUAAGUAUGCGGUUCUCACGGUGUAUUGUUGGAAGCAAGAUUACAUCAUCCGGGGAUGGAUCGCGUCCCUCAGACGACAACGGGAGGCUGAAGCCAUACUUUGAAAGGCUGAAUACGCUUUUAAAAGAAAAGAGCCAGAGCGCAUGCGCAUGGGAGGUUGUGAGGAAGGAAGUUCGUCACAGCUUGGAGAAGCUCCAACUGUUUUUGGAAAGAAGAAAGAAACAGUGA